AUGUCGUCCCAAUACGCCAGCGAGCCCAAUCCCACCGCGUCGGCCACCCUCAACACGACAGUUGGUCCGAUCCAAAUCGCGCUCUUCGCAAACCAGACACCCCUCACCUGCAAAAACUUUCUCCAACACUGCAAGGACAACUACUAUGCGGGAACCAUUUUUCACCGAGUAGCCCCAGACUUCGUGGUCCAGGGUGGUGAUCCCACGGGCACAGGCUCCGGCGGCACGUCGAUCUACGAAUAUCCAGAAUUUGAAUACGAUCCCGAAGCUCGGGACCCAAACGAACGGGUUGUCUUGCGCGAUGAGCUGCAUAGUCGUUUGCGCUUUAACCGCCGUGGAUUGCUGGGCAUGGCCAAGAGCGAGGAUGGGACAUAUGGCAGUCAAUUUUUUAUUACGCUUGCAAACACCGAGCGCGAAAUGAACGGACAAUGCACAAUCUUUGGCAGGUUGGAAGGCGAUAGUAUCUACACUGUGUUGAAGAUUGCGGAGGCCGAGCGUGUCGAGGGCACUGAGCGACCUAUUUAUCCAAUCAAGGUUACUUCUUGCGAGGUUGGAGAAUUGGGGCCUUUGGAGGGCAAACUGAAGGAUCGCCAGGCUAUUUCAACUACGUCAAAACCAGACAAGGGUGCUCCAAAGAAAAAGAAGAAGGCCCCUAAAGGCGGCAAAUCACUGCUCAGCUUUGGCGAUGAUGAAGGCGACGAGGGAAUGCCCAUGCGUCCAGCAAAGCCCAAGUUCAACACCAAAUUAGUCGCGGAUGCGCCAGGCGCGCAAAGCGAUGCACCAAAGCCCAAGGCUUCAAGCAAUGGCACAUCACAACCUCGCAAGCGACAAAGGUCACCAUCACCCAGACCCUCCGCCUCCCCGGAACGCAAAAAGCGCAUCAAAACGCCGGAGCCCGAAACCCAGCUUCCUGUCCAGGAUCCUGAAUCGCCGGCUCGCUCUCCCACCCCAGAAGCACCCAAGGAGUCCAAAUUAUCCAAGACCAACGCACAGAUUGCCAGUCUGAUGGCAUCCAUGCGCCGAGACGUCGACACCGGUCCCAAAGACACAGGCCGUAAGAAGUCCGCUCUUGAAGCCAUGAUCCCAGAAACAUCCAUACGAGGCCGCCGACGGCCACCACCAGGAUCGGCCAACGGCUCAAGUCGCAACGGUACAGGACCUAGCAGCUCAGCAGAGCGCGAAGCCCUCCAGCUCUUCAACGCCUUCAAAGCAAAACUAGAGGGCGCGAAACCCGAAUCCACAUCCGCAUCACAAACCAAACUCAACGGCAAGGAAAGCACCCAAAACAAAGACGCAGACGAAGACGAAGAAGCCCAACUCUGCGACCUGCAUUUCAUCGCCAACUGCCAAUCCUGCCAAUCGUGGGAUGAUCCAUCUGCAGAUGCAGGCGAUGAACCCGCAGCAGAAGGAGACUGGCUCUCGCACGAACUUCGCUUUGGGAAGGAUACGCUUGGCAAAGAUUUGGAGUGGAAGAAGAAAAAUCAGGAAGCUGAUUCACUUAUGGUGAUUGAUCCUCGUGAGAAGGAGAAGGAGGUUGUUGGGAGCAGCAGUGGGAAGAAGCGUGGAUACCAACGGGAUCGAGAGCGGGAGCGGAAGCGUGAACGAGCUGGAGAUCUGGAGUGGGAGAGAGGGAGGUGA